AUGGCCAAAAUCAGACCAGUCAAACGCAACUUAGACUCCUACACCAUCAGUGACACCAACACAGUCGUCAAACGCAACUUAGACUCCUACACCAUCAGAGGCACCAACACAGUCGUCAAACCUGGAGAUAAUGUACUGUUGCGAUCACCCGAGAGCAAUACUACUCCUUAUGUGGCUAAGAUAAAGAAGAUCCAGAUAGACAAUGGAAAUGACGUGACAGUUCAGGUAAGGUGGUAUUACCGGCCGGGUGAUUCCAUCGGAGGUCGUAAACAAUUCCAUGGUGAGAAAGAACUGUUCUUGUCUGACCACUAUGACAUUCAGAGUGCUUACACGAUUCAAGGUAAGUGUAUGGUUCAUUCUUUGAAGAAUUACACCCAGCUAGAGAACGCUGGAGCUGAGGAUUACUAUUGUCGAUUUGAAUACAAAGCUGCAAACGGUCUUGUUUUACCUAGCCGCGUUGUAGUGUAUUGUAAAUGCAAAUUGCCCGAAAACCCCGACCUUCUAAUGGUGCAGUGUGAGGAAUGCAAAAACUGGUACCAUCCUUUUUGUGUUGAUAUGACUAAUGAUCAAGCAAAACAUUUACAUCUUUUUAUUUGUUCUAAUUGUAAUGGAGCGGAGGAUAAACUUAAAAGACCAAUGAAGUGA